AUGGUGGACGACAACCCCAUCGGCGUCGGCAUUAUUGGCGCGGGCCGGAUCGGGCUCGUGCACCUCGAGGCGCUGUCGUCGUGCCCCGACGCGCGGCCGGUGAUCAUCUCCAACCCGACGCUGUCCAAGGCCAAGGCAGCCGCCGAGACCUACCCCGGCAUGGCGUGGACCAGCGACGACACGGAGGUCAUCAACCACCCCGACGUCGACGCGGCGGUCAACCUCUGCCGCGCCAAGGGCGUGAAGCUGAUGACGGCGCUGCAGCGGCGGUUCGACCCGAACUUCUCCCGCGUCAAGCGCUCUAUCGCCGAGGGCACCAUCGGCGAGACGAUCGUGGUGAAGCUCUGCUCGCGCGACCCCGCGCCGCCGCCGCUCAAGUACGUGCAGGGCGGCGGCGGCAUCUUCAAGGACAUGGCGAUCCACGACCUCGAGCUGGCGCCUGCCCGGGCGAUCCACGACCUCGACAUGGCCCGCUUCCUGAUGGCGUCGGAGCCCGUCGCCGUCCUCGCCUCGGGGUCGUGCCAGGCGACACACGCUUGCGGGACAUGCGUGCGGGACAACGGCGGCACUUUUGCGGCGCACACUUGCGGUGCACAGGCGCACACUUGCGGUGCACAGGCGCACAAUUGCGGUGCACAGGCGCACACUUGCGGUGCACAGGCGCACACUUGCGGUGCACAGGCGCACACUUGUUGUGGUGCACACGGCACACUUGCGGCGUUCGACACGGCCAACGUCAUGGUUCGCUUCGCAAACGGCAAGGACGCGAUCAUCGACGCGCCGUACGGGUACGACCAGCGCGCCGAGGCGGCGCGCUUCCGCCCCAGUCCUCCACUGCCCGUGAGCCAAUCGUGGGUCGUGACAGGCCACGCCGACAUGCCGUACGACUUCUUCAUGUCGCGCUACAAGGAGGCGUACAAGCAGGAGACGCUCGCCUUCGUGCGGGCGCUGCGGCGGGACGAGCCAGCGCCGUGCUCCGGCCGCGACGGGCUGGUGGCGCUGAUCAUGGCCAUCGGGGCGGGCAUCUCUGCAGAGGAAGGGCGGUGGGUCCGGUUCGAGGAGGUGCUGCAGCGCGAGGGCAUCGGAGGCAUGAGGGUGUCGGAGGAGGGGGGCGAGACGGCAGGCGGCGGCGCCGGCUGGAUCAGCACCAUGCUCGGAUCGGCGAACCCGCGCAAGGAGGACGACCUGCGCGAGAUCUUCCUGCUCUUCGACACGGACGACGACGACUUGCUCACCGAGAAGGAGGUUGGCGAGGCGACCAAGCUGCUGUGCAAGGACGGCGCGUGCCCCAUCUACACCGCGGAGGAGGUGCACAGCAUGGUGCGGGGCGUCGACUCGGACCGCGACGGGCGGAUCACCUUCGACGAGUUCCUCGCGCUGUGGCGCAGGGCCGGCAACAUCGAGGGCGCCGCCGAGGAGGCGAACCCGUUCGCCAAGCUGCUCGCGCCGCUCCUGAAGUGA